CCGCUCCCGCGCGCCUAGCUCCCUCCUCCCCGUAGUCCUGGUCCGCGGCGCCCGAGGGGGGAGGCGGAGGCGCCGGGAGCCGCGCGAGGAGCCGCCGCCGCCGCGCCAUGGAGCCCGAGUGAGCGCGGCGCGGGCCCGUCCGGCCGCCGGACAACAUGGAGGCAGCGCCGCCCGGGCCGCCGUGGCCGCUGGUGCUGCUGCUGCUGGCGCUGUGCGGCUGCCCGGCCCCCGCCGCGGCCUCGCCGCUCCUGCUAUUUGCCAACCGCCGGGACGUACGGCUGGUGGACGCCGGCGGAGUCAAGCUGGAGUCCACCAUCGUGGUCAGUGGCCUGGAAGAUGCGGCCGCAGUGGACUUCCAGUUCUCCAAGGGAGCCGUGUACUGGACAGACGUGAGCGAGGAGGCCAUCAAGCAGACCUACCUGAACCAGACGGGGGCCGCUGUGCAGAACGUGGUCAUCUCCGGCCUGGUCUCUCCCGAUGGCCUCGCCUGCGACUGGGUCGGCAAGAAGCUGUACUGGACGGACUCAGAGACCAACCGCAUCGAGGUGGCCAACCUCAAUGGCACAUCCCGGAAGGUGCUCUUCUGGCAGGAUCUUGACCAGCCGAGGGCCAUCGCCUUGGACCCUGCUCACGGGUACAUGUACUGGACAGACUGGGGUGAGACGCCCCGGAUUGAGCGGGCAGGGAUGGACGGCAGCACCCGGAAGAUCAUUGUGGACUCGGACAUUUACUGGCCCAAUGGACUGACCAUCGACCUGGAGGAGCAGAAGCUCUACUGGGCCGACGCCAAGCUCAGCUUCAUCCACCGUGCCAACCUGGACGGCUCGUUCCGGCAGAAGGUGGUGGAGGGCAGCCUGACGCACCCCUUUGCCCUGACGCUGUCCGGGGACACUCUGUACUGGACAGACUGGCAGACCCGCUCCAUCCAUGCCUGCAACAAGCGCACUGGGGGGAAGAGGAAGGAGAUCCUGAGCGCCCUCUACUCACCCAUGGACAUCCAGGUGCUGAGCCAGGAGCGGCAGCCUUUCUUCCCCACUCGCUGUGAGGAGGACAAUGGCGGCUGCUCCCACCUGUGCCUGCUAUCCCCAAGGGAGCCUUUCUACACGUGCGCCUGCCCCACGGGUGUGCAGCUGCAGGACAACGGCAGGACGUGUAAGGCAGGAGCCGAGGAGGUGCUGCUGCUGGCCCGGCGGACGGACCUACGGAGGAUCUCGCUGGACACGCCGGACUUCACCGACAUCGUCCUGCAGGUGGACGACAUCCGGCACGCCAUUGCCAUCGACUACGACCCACUAGAGGGCUACGUCUACUGGACGGAUGAUGAGGUGCGGGCCAUCCGCAGGGCGUACCUGGACGGGUCUGGGGCGCAGACGCUGGUCAACACCGAGAUCAACGACCCUGAUGGCAUCGCAGUCGACUGGGUGGCCCGAAACCUCUACUGGACCGACACGGGCACGGACCGCAUCGAGGUGACGCGCCUCAAUGGCACCUCCCGCAAGAUCCUGGUGUCGGAGGACCUGGAUGAGCCCCGAGCCAUCGCACUGCACCCCGUGAUGGGCCUCAUGUACUGGACAGACUGGGGAGAGAACCCUAAAAUCGAGUGUGCCAACCUGGAUGGGCAGGAGCGGCGUGUACUGGUCAAUGCCUCCCUUGGGUGGCCCAACGGCCUGGCCCUGGACCUGCAGGAAGGGAAGCUCUACUGGGGAGACGCCAAGACAGACAAGAUCGAGGUGAUCAACGUUGAUGGGACGAAGAGGCGGACCCUCCUGGAGGACAAGCUCCCGCACAUUUUCGGGUUCACGCUGCUGGGGGACUUCAUCUACUGGACUGACUGGCAGCGCCGCAGCAUCGAGCGGGUGCACAAGGUCAAGGCCAGCCGGGACGUCAUCAUUGACCAGCUGCCCGACCUGAUGGGGCUCAAAGCUGUGAACGUGGCCAAGGUCGUCGGAACCAACCCGUGUGCGGACAGGAAUGGGGGGUGCAGCCACCUGUGCUUCUUCACACCCCACGCAACCCGGUGUGGCUGCCCCAUCGGCCUGGAGCUGCUGAGUGACAUGAAGACCUGCAUCGUGCCUGAGGCCUUCUUGGUCUUCACCAGCAGAGCCGCCAUCCACAGGAUCUCCCUCGAGACCAACAACAACGACGUGGCCAUCCCACUCACGGGCGUCAAGGAGGCCUCAGCCCUGGACUUUGAUGUGUCCAACAACCACAUCUACUGGACAGACGUCAGCCUGAAGACCAUCAGCCGCGCCUUCAUGAACGGGAGCUCGGUGGAGCACGUGGUGGAGUUUGGCCUUGACUACCCUGAGGGCAUGGCCGUUGACUGGAUGGGCAAGAACCUCUACUGGGCCGACACCGGGACCAACAGGAUCGAAGUGGCGCGGCUGGACGGGCAGUUCCGGCAAGUCCUCGUGUGGAGGGACUUGGACAACCCGAGGUCACUGGCCCUGGAUCCCACCAAGGGCUACAUCUACUGGACCGAGUGGGGCGGCAAGCCGAGGAUCGUGCGGGCCUUCAUGGACGGGACCAGCUGCAUGACACUGGUGGACAAGGUGGGCCGGGCCAACGACCUCACCAUUGACUACACAGACCAGCGCCUCUACUGGACCGACCUGGACACCAACAUGAUCGAGUCGUCCAACAUGCUGGGUCAGGAGCGGGUCGUGAUUGCCGACGAUCUCCCGCACCCAUUCGGUCUGACGCAGUACAGUGAUUAUAUCUACUGGACGGACUGGAAUCUGCACAGCAUUGAGCGGGCCGACAAGACCAGUGGCCGGAACCGCACCCUCAUCCAGGGCCACCUGGACUUCGUGAUGGACAUCCUGGUGUUCCACUCCUCCCGCCAGGAUGGCCUCAAUGACUGUAUGCACAACAACGGGCAGUGUGGGCAGCUGUGCCUUGCCAUCCCUGGCGGCCACCGCUGCGGCUGCGCCUCACACUACACCCUGGACCCCAGCAGCCGCAACUGCAGCCCAGAGACACAUAUGACACGGAGAGUGAAAUUCCCCAUAGCGCACCCCCAAGAGACAGCCCUGGUCCCCCCGUCUUUCCCAUGGACCUCCAGCGGGGCGGAUGCUGAACCGCCUGUUGUAGUCGAGUGGCGUGCUGUCCUGUCCUCCAGCUCCUCCACGGCUUCCAGACACCCACCUGCAGCCCUGUCGUUGCCUCCUGUAGCGCCCACCACCUUCUUGCUGUUCAGCCAGAAAUCUGCCAUCAGUCGGAUGAUCCCGGACGACCAGCACAGCCCGGAUCUCAUCCUGCCCCUGCAUGGGCUGAGGAACGUCAAAGCCAUCGACUAUGACCCACUGGACAAGUUCAUCUACUGGGUGGACGGGCGCCAGAACAUCAAGCGAGCCAAGGACGACGGGACCCAGCCCUUUGUUUUGACCUCUCUGAGCCAAGGCCAAAACCCAGACAGGCAGCCCCACGACCUCAGCAUCGACAUCUACAGCCGGACGCUGUUCUGGACGUGCGAGGCCACCAAUACCAUCAACGUCCACAGGCUGAGCGGGGAAGCCAUGGGGGUGGUGCUGCGUGGGGACCGCGACAAGCCCAGGGCCAUCAUCGUCAACGCAGAGCGAGGGUACCUGUACUUCACCAACAUGCAGGAGCGGGCAGCCAAGAUCGAACGCGCGGCCCUGGACGGCACCGAGCGCGAGGUCCUCUUCACCACUGGCCUCAUCCGCCCUGUGGCCCUGGUGGUGGACAACACACUGGGCAAGCUCUUCUGGGUGGACGCGGACCUGAAGCGCAUUGAGAGCUGCGACCUGUCAGGGGCCAACCGCCUGACCCUGGAGGACGCCAACAUCGUGCAGCCUCUGGGCCUGACCGUCCUUGGCAAGCACCUCUACUGGAUCGACCGCCAGCAGCAGAUGAUCGAGCGUGUGGAGAAGACCACUGGGGACAAGCGGACUCGCGUCCAGGGCCGCGUCGCCCACCUCACUGGCAUCCACGCGGUGGAGGAAGUCAGCCUGGAGGAGUUCUCAGCCCACCCAUGUGCCCGUGACAAUGGUGGCUGCUCCCACAUCUGUAUUGCCAAGGGUGAUGGGACACCACGGUGCUCAUGCCCAGUCCACCUCGUGCUCCUGCAGAACCUGCUGACCUGUGGAGAGCCGCCCACCUGCUCCCCGGACCAGUUCGCAUGUGCAACGGGGGAGAUCGACUGUAUCCCUGGGGCCUGGCGCUGUGACGGCUUUCCCGAGUGUGACGACCAGAGCGACGAGGAGGGCUGCCCCGUGUGCUCCGCUGCCCAGUUCCCCUGCGCGCGGGGCCAGUGUGUGGACCUGCGCCUGCGCUGCGAUGGUGAGGCCGACUGUCAGGACCGCUCAGAUGAGGCGGACUGUGACGCCAUCUGCCUGCCCAACCAGUUCCGGUGUGCCAGCGGCCAGUGUGUCCUUAUCAAGCAGCAGUGCGACUCCUUCCCCGACUGUAUCGAUGGCUCCGACGAGCUCAUGUGUGAAAUCACCAAGCCGCCCUCAGACGACAGCCCGGCCCACAGCAGUGCCAUCGGGCCCGUCAUUGGCAUCAUCCUCUCCCUCUUCGUCAUGGGUGGUGUCUAUUUUGUGUGCCAGCGCGUGGUGUGCCAGCGCUACGCGGGGGCCAACGGGCCCUUCCCGCACGAGUAUGUCAGCGGGACCCCGCACGUGCCCCUCAAUUUCAUAGCCCCAGGCGGUUCCCAGCAUGGCCCCUUCACAGGCAUCGCAUGCGGAAAGUCCAUGAUGAGCUCCGUGAGCCUGAUGGGGGGCCGGGGCGGGGUGCCCCUCUACGACCGGAACCACGUCACAGGGGCCUCGUCCAGCAGCUCGUCCAGCACGAAGGCCACGCUGUACCCGCCGAUCCUGAACCCGCCGCCCUCCCCGGCCACGGACCCCUCCCUGUACAACAUGGACAUGUUCUACUCUUCAAACAUUCCGGCCGCCGCGAGACCAUACAGGCCCUACAUCAUUCGAGGAAUGGCGCCCCCGACGACGCCCUGCAGCACCGACGUGUGUGACAGCGACUACAGCGCCAGCCGCUGGAAGGCCAGCAAAUACUACCUGGAUUUGAACUCGGACUCAGACCCCUACCCGCCCCCACCCACGCCCCACAGCCAGUACCUGUCGGCAGAGGACAGCUGCCCGCCCUCGCCCGCCACCGAGAGAAGCUACUUCCAUCUCUUCCCGCCCCCUCCGUCCCCCUGCACGGACUCAUCCUGACCUAGGCUGGGCCACUCCGGCUUCUCUGUGCCCCUGUAAAUAGUUUUAAAUAUGAACAAAGAAAAAAAUAUAUUUUAUGAUUUAAAAAAUAAAUAUAAUUGGGAUUUUAAAAACAUGAGAAAUGUGAACUGUGAUGGGGUGGGCAGGGUUGGGAGAACUUUGUACAGUGGAGAAAUAUUUAUAAACUUAAUUUUGUAAAACA